AUGUCUCAACCAGAAAAUAAGUAACCGAAACCAUUGAAGGAAGUCUUGGGAUUGAAAUAUGUCUUUGGUUUUAGAGGUGACAUCAAAAACUCAAUCCUGUAAGGGACCUAGACAAAUGUGUAGGAGAAAUCAACUAAAACUAAAUUCAUAUACCCUGCAGCAAAUAAUAUAGUGAUUUUUGAUCCCAUAGCUGAUAAGAAUAAGUCCUAGGAAAUCAUAUAGACAGUCUUAGGGAGCAAAGGUGUUACUUGCUUAACCAUUUCCCUAUCCAGGAGGUAGAUAGAAACUUGUAUUUAGGUAUAUUGCAUGGUCAGAAGAGAGCGAUGCUGGAAUAAUAGUAAUAUUAGACUUAAACACUCGAAAAACUAAAAUAUUGAGUACUACAGAUUGCAAAUCCCGUUAUUACGUGAGUCUCGAUUUUUCAAGGACAGAAGAAUCCAAAUAUUUAGUAGCUCUGAGUGCUCCUCCAGAAUAAAUGCUGAUUCAUUGGGCAUGGGAUAAAUCAAAGUGUCUUGGAAGCACAAUAAUAAAUGCUAAAGGGGAUUCGAUUAAAUUCCAUCAAGUUUUUUAUCAUCCGAAAGAAGAUGACUUUGUAUGUGUUAUGGGUAAUGGAGCUAUCAAACCUUAUAAGUUGAUACCAGAUAACCCUCCAAAACCAAAAGAUUCUCCUUUCCAAAAGAAGAAGGAAGUAAGCAUCUUACAUUAUUUUAUAAGGAAACCCAUUCUACUAAUUUCCUUUCUUAUUGUAUCUUGAGUGAUUCUAAGACAAUGGUGGUAGGUACGGAUAGAGGGGAGGUACUAUAUUUUAAUGAGAAUUGCGAAUUCAAACUAGUUCUUUCACCACUUUAAAAUUCUAAUUAAUAAUCAAUUGAGGGAUUUCCAAUAGAGUGCAUAGUGAAAUAUUCAAAUGGGUUUAUUGUUGGAGGAAGUGAUUGCAUGAUCUACAUUUAUAGAAAACAUGAAGGAGAUCUUAAAAAUCCAUAUGUUCGAAUUGAUAAAAGAAUAUAAAACAAACAAAUAUUAGCCAAAAUCACAAGUUUAUGUCUUACAAAUCAAGAAGAUAAUCUCAUCUUUGGAGUUGAAUCUGGCUAAGUGUUCAGCAUUCCUUUUAGUGCAGACAGAGAAGUAGCAAAUGAGGAUGAAAUAAAAUUUGAUCAUUUGAUAGCACCAUUCCAUAGUGGACCAAUUACAGGCUUGGAUGUUUGUACUAGAAAGUCAUUGGUAGUCACAGUCUCAGAUGAUCGAAGUAUUAGGAUUUGGAAUUUCAAUGAAUUGAUAUUGGAAGUGAUGAAAGAAUGUGAGGAUACACCUUUGGCUGUCGCUAUUCAUCCUUCUGGAUUUCAUUUGAUUGUAUCCUUUUCUGAUAAAAUUGUACUUUACAAUUUAUUUGAGAAAGAUUUAAAUUCAUUUAAGGAAAUUCAUAUCAAGAAUUGUCAAUAAAUUAAAUUUGCUCAUGGAGGUCAUUUAUUUGCAGUCGCCAAUUAGAACUUGGUUUAAAUUUAUCAAUUCUACACAGGUGAAAAUCCAUAGAAUUACAUAUUUAAACAAUCCACUGGAAACAUCUCUACUAUUGAAUGGGAUAUUGAUGAUUUAGGAUUCUAUACUGGAAGUGACAAUGGUUUUGUACUCUAUUGGAGAUUGGAAGAUAAUUAAAAUAAAUUGUAGUUGGCCAUGAUUCAAUCUCAACCUAUUGAAUGCAUUUGCACUCCUAAAACAUAUGCCAAUAUUGAACUUUAAAAAGUGUAUAUAGCAGGUCCAUAUGAUGGACAAUACUGUAUCUAUGAAUCUCAACAUCAUACCAAGAUUCACAAGGAAGCAACUGAGGGUACAAAGAAGGAAAUUCCACUCUAUCCUAUUCAAACUGGAUGUAGGGUGAGCAAAAUGGCAAUUUUUAAUAGUGAAAAGAUCAUGUUAUUUGCUACUUGUUAAUUGGCUAACUCAUCUGAAUUCACUCAAAAGUAAAACAUUAAAAACAUGAAAUUCGAACCAGGUGGUCUCAGAUUUGCCAAAUAUCCUCUUGCACCAGAGGAAAUCAUUGAAAUAUAACCACAUAUUAAGGGAAUUACCUAGAUGAAAGUCUCAUAUGAUGAUUCUUAUGUCUUUACUGCUUCUUAUGAUAAUUCCUUGAUCAUUUAUGAUGUUAAAGAUUAGAGUUCCAAAAUAGAGUUCAAAGAUGGAGGCUAGGCUUAUGGUGUUUAGGCUUAUGCUGAUGAAUUCUUGAUGCAAAGAGAUUAAUAUAAAAAGAAGAUUGCUAAAAUUGAGGAUUUAAAAUAAAAAAUUAAAGAACAUGAUAUCAAUUAAAAGAUUAAGUAGAAUAUGUACACAAAAGAAAAGGAUGAAUUGAUUAGAAAAUUGGAAGAAUAAAUUGAUUAAUUGGAAAAAAGAGAAAAAGCCAAAAUUCAAGAAUUGGAAAAUGCUAUCAAUAAAUUAGAUAGUGAUUUCAAAGAAGAAAAGAAAUAAUUAUAUGAAAAUCAUGAAAAGAAUAAAAAAACUACUGAAAAUGAUUUCAAAUAAAAAAUGGCAUUGGAAUCUCAAAGAUUAGAAGAAUUAACCAAAGAAAAAUAAUUGAAACUUCAGGAAUUCCAGAGGUAUAUCAAAGAACAAAAGGAUAAGAGUACAGAAACUAAAAAUGAGAAGAAAAAAGAAUAUGAAAAAUAAUUAAGAAAAGAAUAAUAAUUAUAUGUAGAUUUAUAAAAGGAUAAAGAAGAUAAUCAAAAAAAAUUUAUUGAAGAGAGAAAUAAACUAGAAGAUGAUGCAGAGAAGGAGAUAGAUAAGAAGAAGGAGAUUAAUGAAGCUGAAAUGAAGAAACUAUCAGAUGAAUUAGAUAAAGCUGAAUUGGAAAAGAGAACAAAAAAAACUGAAUUUGACAAUGUGUAAUCUACUUUAGAAUAGGCUAAUUCCAAAGUUAAGGAAAUAAUGGAGGAUAUUGCAUAAAAUCAAGAAUUAAAUAGAUAAUAUCAAAAGGAAAAAGAGAGUCAUGAUAAAGAAAUAAAAGAGAGAGAUAAAACAAUUUAAGAUAAAUAGAAGCGUAUUUAUGAAUUAAAGAAAAAAACAUAAGAACUAGAAAAGUUUAAGUUUGUUUUGGAUUAUAAAAUAAAAGAAUUAAAGAGAGAUAUUGGACCAAGAGAGGAGGAGAUUACAAAAAUGAAAGAAUAAAUUACUAAUAUGAAUACAGAAAUCUUGCAUUUCAAAAAAGUUAAUGCAAAUCUUGGUUUGAUUGUAACUGAUUUAAACUUGAGAUAAGCAGGAAUGAAACAAGAAAUCGAAAAUCAAUAGCAAGUUAUAGAAAGCAAUUCUUAAUAUAUCAAGGCAUUUGAAUACGAUAUUUCAGAAACUCAUGCGCAUAUAAAUGUAAUUAAUUAUUAUAAUUAUUUAGGAUUUUAAGAGACUAAAGUCUGAUAUGCUUAAAUUGUUUAAUAAAUAUGUUUAAAGCGUAGUUUCAAAGAAGAAAUUUGAAAACGUUGAUGUCUAAAAGGAGUUUAUUAAGGAGAGGGCUCAUUUAGAAACUACGAAUAAAGGAUUGAAAGAGAAGUUUUCCAAGAAAUUAAGAGUUCAUAAAUAGGAUAACAAUAGAAUUAUGAGUUAAAACGUAGAUCUGAUUAGUGAGAUUAAUGAUUUGAGGAGGGAGAUUAAAUUGUUGUAGGACGAAGAAGAUUUGAAACGUCGUCAAAUUGAGUAGAUGAAUGAUCAACCUGAGGAGAGGGAACUUGAUUAAAUGAUUGAAGAAUAAGAAAUAGAAAUUAAUUAAUAUAGAGAGAAAUUGCAAUUCCUUAAAGAAGCAGUACAAUAGAGAAGAUUAUAAUAAAAUAUCAAUUCUGAUAGUGAUCAUUAGGAAUUUUAAUAAGAAUGAAG